AUGGGGUCGGCCUUGGCAGGGAGGAUUCUCGCCGAUGAGGUGAGAGCAAAAGACCCGCUGCUAGUCUUCUUAACAGAAACGAAGACAGGGGAGAGUAAAAUGAAAGGAAUUAGAAAUAAGGUGAGGUACACGCAGGGUAUAACAGUGCCGAGUGAUGGAAGAAGCGGAGGGCUAGCCAUGAUGUGGAAAGAAGGAUCAGAUAUCAGGCUGAGAAGCUGUUCCAACUCCCACAUUGAUGUGGAAAUCCAUGAGGGAUCGGCAGCAACACCAUGGAGAGCAACGGGGUUCUAUGGGCAUCCUGAUGUAGGUAAACGUUUCAUCUCUUGUUUACAUGGGAAGAUAGAGGAAAUUAAGAGGGUGAAAUAUGAGAUUAAUGAGAUUCAGAUUAGGGAAGAAAUGAUGUGGAAUCAAAGGUCAAGAGCGCUGUGGCUGAAAGGGGGAGAUAAAAAUACAAAGUUUUUCCACGCCACGGCAAGUCAAAGGCGUAGGAAAAACUGGAUUGUAGGGUUGGAAAACCGGGAGGGAGUUUGGCAGGAGGGUGAAGAAGAGAUAGAGCGAUCCAUUGUGGAAUAUUUUGAGACCAUAUUCAAGUCCGACCAGCCAACCAAGUUCGAAGCUAGUUUAAGUGCAAUCACUACCCGGGUUUCUCCAGAUAUGAAUGAAGUUUUGCUUGCAGAAUUCAGGGCUGAGGAAGUCUGGUUUGCUCUCAAGCAAAUGCACCCAACAAAAGCCCCCGGUCUGGAUGGUAUGUCACCAAUCUUCUUUAAACACUAUUGGAAUAUUGUUGGGCCCGAUGUGGUCAAUUGUGUUCUUUCUGCCCUUAAUUCUGGCAGGCUGCCUUGUAAACUGAAUGACACAUAUAUCUGCCUCAUCCCAAAGGUGAAAUCUCCUCAAAAGAUCACGGAGUUUAGGCCAAUUAGUUUAUGCAAUGUGGUGUAUAAACUAAUCUCAAAAGUCCUAGCUAAUAGACUGAAAAAGGUGUUGGAUGCGGUGAUUGAUGAGACGCAAAGUGCUUUUGUCCCGGGUAGACUUAUAACGGAUAAUGUGCUAGUUGCUUUUGAAACUAUGCAUAGUAUUGAUCAAAGGAAGAAAGGGAAGGAAGCGCUUAUGGCCAUAAAGCUCGACAUGAGUAAGGCAUAUGACAGAGUUGAAUGGGUGUAUCUCGAAGCUAUGAUGAAAAAGAUGGGAUUUGAUGAGAGGUGGAUUUCCCUAAUAAUGAUGUGUGUAACCACGGUUUCAUACUCGGUGUUAAUUAAUGGUGAGCCAAAAGGGAAAAUCAUUCCAUCAAGGGGUUUACGACAAGGUGACCCAAUAUCUCCAUACUUGUUCUUACUAUGUGCGGAGGGGCUAUCGGCUAUGUUUAAAAAGGAGGAAAGGAUGGGGCAUUUAAAGGGGAUAGCAGUGAGUAGAAGAGCCCCAAGCAUAACCCAUAUGUUAUUUGCCGACGAUAGCAUUGUUUUUUGUAGAGCCACGAGGGAUGAUUGUGAUAGGAUCAUAAAAGUUCUUGAAGACUAUGAAGGGGACUCGGGGCAAAAACUCAAUAAGGAAAAAACAUCCCUCUAUUUUAGUAAGAAUACUAGUAGGGUGAUAAGGGAGUAUGUACAAGAGAAGUUCGGAGCAAGAGUUGUUCAACACCAUGAAAAGUAUUUGGGGCUGCCUCCACUUGUGGGGAGAGGGAAAAGAAAGGCCUUUAGUCGAAUCAAGGACCAAGUGGGGAGGAAGAUAGCAAGUUGGAAGGGUAGGCUCCUUUCUCAUGCAGGAAGGGAAAUCCUUAUCAAGGCGGUAGCUCAAGCAACGCCAACGUACACGAUGAGCUGCUUCAAACUCCCGGAUACGUUGUGCAAAGAGCUGAAUUCCCUUAUGAGAAAUUUCUGGUGGGGUCAAAAGGAGAAGGAAAGGAAAAUGGCUUGGGUCGCUUGGGAGAAGAUGUGCAUCCCAAAGGCGGAAGGGGGGAUGGGGUUUAGAGACUUAAAAGCUUUCAAUAUGGCGCUUCUUGCUAAACAGUGGUGGCGAAUGCAGAAAAAUCCAAACUCUCUUGUACAUAGAGUUCUUAAAGCGAAAUAUUUUCCGAAUGGUGUGGCGAGUGAAGCGGAGUUGGGUCGAAGGCCUUCAUAUGCAUGGAGAAGUAUAUGGAAUGCAAAAAAGGUGGUUGAUAGGGGCUCUAGGUGGUGUAUUGGAAACGGGGAAGGAGUUAGGAUUUGGAAAGAUAGAUGGAUCCCGUCUCCGGAUUCUUUCCAAGUGACAAGCCCAGUUGGUUCCCAUUUGGAGUGGGAAAGGGUGUCGGUUUUGGUGGAUAAGGAGAGAAGGGGUUGGGAUGUUGGGAAAGUGAAAAACAUGUUUCUUCCUCAUGAGGCUGAUUUGAUCUUGAGUAUUCCCAUUAGCUCCAAGCUGCCGGAAGACUCACUCACAUGGGCAUGGACUUCCAAUGGUAAGUUCACAGUUAAAAGUGCUUACAUUGUGGCCCAAAAAGUGUUGAAAGAAGGUGGAGGAAGGGGGGAUGAAGGGGGCAGCUCAGAUAGCUCGAGAAUGAGAGGAAUAUGGAAGAUGGUGUGGCGUUUGAAUUGUCCAAACAAGAUCAAGCAAUUUCUUUGGAGGGCAUGUAAAAACAUACUACCCACAAAACUUAGCCUGAAAACCCGGGGUGUAGGUAAGGAUGGUAGGUGUGAUAUGUGUGGUUUGGAGGAGACGUCGGGGCACGCAUUGUGGAGCUGCAGUUUGGCUGAGAAAGUUUGGUGUGGUACCCGGUUAAAACUUCCCUGCUUUCAAGACCCCCCUAGAGACUUUUUGGACAUUGUGUGGGAAAUCAAAGAAAGGUGUUUAGGGGUCAACUGGGAGCUGUUUGCUACUACUGUGUGGGGUUUAUGGAAUAAUCGAAACCAAGUGCGUCAUGGGGGACAAUGUAAGAGGCACGAAGUGAUAGUAAAGGAGGCGACUGAGUAUUUAAAGGAAUUCCAGGCAGCAAACCAGCCCACUAAAAACUACAAUGUUCCUCAGGUGAUAACGUGGAAGCCACCAAAGGGGGGUUGGUACAAAGUUAAUACCGAUGGGGCUACAUUCGAAGACAUAAAGAGCUGUGGAGUCGGGGUGGUCAUCAGAAAUGAAAGAGGUGAAUUAAUGGGGGCUCUAAGCAAGAGUUUUGAGCUGCCUUUGGGUGGUCUGGAAGCAGAGGCAAAGGCUGUGGAGGAAGGUGUGGCCUUAGCUUGGGACCUUGGUCUAAAAGAUAUCAUUAUUGAAAGCGAUGCUCAGUUGGUGACAAACUCUUUGGGGGAACAGAGUGAAAUGCCGAAUUCUAUAAGAAAGGUGGUCGAAGGAAUUUUGGUGGACUUAAGAAAGUUCAAUGCAUGGGAUGUCAAUCAUACCUGUAGGAGCGGCAACAAUGCUGCUCAUAUUCUGGCUAGGCAAGCCAAAUGUUUGAAUAUGUGUAAUAUCUGGGUUGAGGAUACUCCUCCCAGUAUAGCUGAUCAGGUUCAGUUGGAUGUAGCUCAAUGUAAUUUUAUUUCUAGUUAA